AUGACAACAUCUUUUAUUAGCCUCUCAACUUACUUCUUCAUCUUCUUCUUUCUUUCUAGUGCAUUGCUUCAUUUCAACCAAUGCUAUGCAAAGGGAAAAAAACCUUCUUAUUCCUUGGUGUUAAGCUUAACUCAAACGAAAACCAGCCUUACGAUACCUAAAUCAUCGUAUAAUUUAGUGAAAAAAAACUCAGAAACAUUGGACAUAAGGGAGCCAUUGAGAGAAGUGAGAGAUGGUUAUUUGAUAUCUUUGAAUAUAGGAACACCCCCACAAAUUAUCCAAGUGUAUAUGGAUACUGGAAGUGACCUUACUUGGGUACCUUGUGGGAACCUAUCAUUUGAUUGUAUAGAUUGUGAUGACUACAGGGAUCACAAGCUAAUGUCAAGCUUUUCUCCUUCAUUUUCAUCUUCUUCCUAUAGGGAUUUAUGUGGUAGUUCCUCUUGUAUCGAUAUCCAUAGCUCCGAUAAUCCUUUUGAUCAAUGUACUAUUGCUGGAUGUUCAUUGAAUAGUCUACUUAAGGGCACUUGUUCUAGGCCAUGUCCUUCUUUUGCUUACACAUAUGGUGAAGGUAUCGUAUCGGGAACCCUAACUAGAGAUACUCUUCGAGUCCAUGGGACUAGUUCAAACCCUAAUUCCAUUAGGGAAGUCCCAAAGUUUGUCUUUGGAUGUGUUGGAACAACUUAUAGAGAGCCUAUUGGGAUUGUAGGGUUUGGUAAAGGGCCACUUUCUUUACCUUCACAAUUAGGGUUUCUUCAAAAGGGUUUUUCACAUUGCUUCUUGCCUUUCAAGUUUGCAAAUAACCCUAAUAUAUCUAGUCCUCUAGUUGUAGGGGAUCAAGCCAUUUCCUUCAAAGAAAAUUUCCAAUUUACUCCUAUGUUGAAAAGCCCUAUGUACCCUAAUUUCUAUUACAUUGGCUUAGAAGCUAUAACUGUGGGAAAUGGUGCCACUACACAAGUUCCCUUAACCUUGAGAGAAUUUGAUUCUUUAGGCAAUGGAGGAAUGUUGAUUGAUUCCGGAACCACUUACACUCACCUACCUGAACCAUUCUACUCGAAUCUUCUCACCGCCCUUCGAUCAUCCAUAAAUUACCCACGUGCUGAGGAUAUCGAGGCACGGACAGGGUUUGACCUAUGUUAUAGGCUCCCAUGCCCUAAUAACAAUCUUAAUAGUCUAGUUACCGAUGAUUUCCCUUCAAUAACAUUCCAUUUCUUGAAUAAUGUUAGCCUUGUUUUGCCUAAUGGGAACAAUUUCUAUGCCAUGGGUGCACCACGAAACUCAACAGUGGUGAAAUGUUUGUUGUUCCAAAGCAUGGAAGAUUCCGAAGAAGGGCCAGCUGGGAUUUUCGGAAACUUCCAACAACAAAAUGUGGAAGUUGUGUAUGAUUUGGAGAAAGAAAGGAUUGGGUUUCAAACUACUGACUGUGCCUCAGCUGCAACUUCUCAAGGGCUUCACAAGACAUAG